UAGAACAAAGUGAAUAGCGGAGAAGAGAAAUAACAUCAGAGAGAGAGGACGGAAUUUUGGAGAGUUUAAACUCUGGAAGAGAUACUUUCACCAUCAAAACUAUGACAGAACCCGAAAGACAAACAGAUGAAAAACCAGAAACUGGAAAAAACAAGAAAGUUCUUGCUACUCGGGUUUCUGGAACUGUGAAAUGGUUUAAUGUGAAGAAUGGAUAUGGUUUUAUCAACAGAUUGGAUACCAGUGAAGACAUCUUUGUUCACCAGACAGCAAUUGCAAAGAACAAUCCCAGAAAGUUGGUACGAAGUGUGGGUGAUGGAGAAACAGUGGAGUUUGAUGUUGUUGUUGGGGAAAAGGGAAAUGAAGCUGCUAAUGUAACUGGACCUGAUGGUGCACCUGUAGAAGGAAGCAAGUAUGCUCCUGAUAAAAGACGGUUUUAUGGUCGAUUUCCCAAUCGUCGUGGUUUUGGGAGGAGACCACCACCAAUGCAUCGUUCUAGUGAGAAUGAAGAACAGGAUGAUGAGGGAGGUGAGGAGAACAUUAAACCUCAACGUAGAAGGCAGAGACCAAGAUUUUAUGCACGGUACUUUCGACGACCUCGUGGCCCCCCACGUGGGAAUCGACAAGAUCAGUACAGUGAGGGAAGACAACAGCAACAAACUGAUGAAGAAAAUAGUGGGGACGGAAGUCCCCAUCAAGGAUAUCAAUGGGAAAAGGGCCAGUUUUCAAGAAGACGUCCUCGUCGUUUUUAUCCCCGCAAUUCGUACUAUGGAAGACCUAGGCGUGCUCGUAGUAAUACAGAAGGAAGCCAGACUGGUGGUGAUAUAAAGGAUAAAGAAACUGAGGAGAACCAAAAUUUUAGAAGCAGGGAAAACCGUCGGCCACCUUCUAGGCCUCGAUUCAGAGGUGGUUCUGGUGCUCCUCGUGGUCGACCCCGUAGAGGCCUACCCCGUCCAAGAAGAGAUCAAGAUGAUAGUGCUGACAAUACUGCUGGAGGGGAGGAAGUGUCUAGUACUGAAUCUGUUACAGAGCCUGACUCUACCAGUAACAUUAAAGUGGGAGGAGAUGCUGAUCAGGAAAUUGCUGAUGUUAAGGGCUUAGUUUCCCAGGGAAAUGAUGUAGACUCCUCAGCAGUAGAAGGGACUGUGUCUGCUUAAUUAGUACUGCAGGACACCAGAACCUCACAACUUUUCUCUUUAUAUUCAGAGUAGUUCAAGGUGCUUGUUACAUCCAGAUUGAUGAUAUAAAAAAAAAUUCUUGGAGAGGUUUUUUUUUUCAGAAUAAGAAGCAAGUGCAGAUUAUUACCAACCAAAGGCUGAACAGAAAUACACUAUAAGCUGUCAUGAUUAACAAAAUGAAAUUGUAAGACCACUGAUAAUAUGUUUCUUGUCAAAAUGUCUAGAGAAUUAAAAUUGCUACCAGCACCAGUUUUUUAAUUUAAAUGCAUGACUAUGUAUUUUGACAAGCAUUAUAACAGCUAAAACACUUUAACAACAAAUGAAUCAAAUGAAAACACUACUAAGAACUAUAACUGAUGACAUGUUUACUAAGAACUGUAACAAUUGAAAAUAUUCUAACAAGAAUGAUGUCAUGUUUAGCAAGAAUGGUAAGAAAUGAAACUAAUGAGAACUAUACUUGAUGACAAUGUGUUUAACAAGAACGGUAACAAAUGAAACACUAGCGAGAAGUAUAAUUAGUGACAAAUAUUGUAAGAAUUAUAACAAAUGACUGUGUUUAAGAACUGACUGACAGGACAUUAGCAUAACUUGUGACAACACUUAGGAACUGUAAACCUGUUAGCCAAAUUUUUACUGAGGACAUGCUAGCAGGACCUAUAAUUAAAGAUAACACCAAUUAGCAGAAUCUGUUAAUAAUGAUACACAUCUUAACAGAUAACCAUCUUGAAGUAUGAUUGGUCUGUUCACUCCAACUCCAUCUAGAAAAAAUAUUGGCAGUUUUCUGCAGUUUCUAAAUAUUGGGCAAUAAGUAUUCCAUAAAAUCUGAAACUUAUCUGUAUUCUAUUUAUGAUACAUGGAGAUCAUUGUAGAGAAUGAUCUUAUUGGAACCCAAAUACAUAAUUUAUUUCUUUAAAUGAUCUGCCAGUCAAAUAACAAUUUCUAUAUUUUAUUUUCUAAAGCAAAAUAAUUUUAUAUUUUAGUUGUGGCAUUUAACUUUGUACAGGUCAUCUGAAGUUUGUAAAACAUGCAUUUGCAAUAAAAUCUUAUUCCGAUCAUUAU